AUGCAUGUACGUGACACCGAUCAGGUGAUGAAUUUCAAAGCCCAAAUUGUAUUUGGAGGCCGCCAAGUGUAUUUACACUAUUACAUGCAGAUUGAUCAGUUCUUGAAGGCCAAGUGUCUUUUUGUCACUCUCACUAUUGCAUGCACAUUGUCAAUUUUCUGUUAUAGUCUCCUCGUUUUAAGGCGUGAUAUUCGCAUGUGUUUGUAA